ACUGUUUGAUUAGUUUGCUUUCUGCCUUCUUUUUUGGACCGCAACCAUGUUUCUUCUACUCAUCUGAGUCCUCAUUCACCAUGUGUCCGCCGCUCGGAGCCAUAUCCGGUCAAUCAACUGAUUCCAAAGAAUAUCCAGAAUGUUUACCGCCGGAUGAUCUCUCCCGGGGCGCCUACGACCUUGCGCGAUCAUGCCUACCCCCGGCCAUCCUGAAUCACAGUGUCCGUGUCUUUCGCAUCGGAGAAUGGCUUGCUAAGGCAUCUCAGUCGGACUGGGCAUACGAGAAAUGGAAUCUUCUCUUCGUGGCCUGCAUUCUUCAUGACAUAGGCUGCGCCAGUCAAUUCGAUGGUCCCCAGCGAUUCGAAGUCGAGGGCGCCGAUGCAGCCGCAAACUAUCUUCACCAACAUAAAAUCGCCGGGUCGGACGUACACGAAGUCUGGCAGGCGAUUGCUCUCCACACUAGUCCGGGGAUUGCGGAGCGUAUUAGUGUUCUUGCCCGUCUUGUCCGUCAAGCGGUUCUUAUCGACUUUGGUACUCAGUUGGAUCAGGAAAGCCACAGUGUUCGAGAUGCUGCUGAGGAGGCGUUUCCGCGGCUUGGUAUUGAAAACAUUCUAGGGGAUGUUGUUGUUGAUCAAGCACUGAGGCAACCUCAAAAAGCACCGCCGGCUUCGUGGCCUGGUGUCUUGUUACGGGCAAAGAGGGACUGGCCUGAAUGGGAAGGUGUCAAUAAAGGGUUUUGACUGUCUCGGAUAUGGUCUCUUUCUAUCCUGUCAGUCUGUCGCACCGCUACGGCAUCGCUAGGAAGCGUAAGAGUAUAUAUAGCAAUUGUCAUAGAAUACACGACCGUAGUUUUCAAAUGAAUAAGAAUGCUUUUGCU